AUGGCGUCGAAGAUUAAACGCGACGAGCACGCGGAUGGAAUCUCCGUCGUCGCUUUUGGUCCGGAAGGGACUCUCGCGCACCGUCGAUUAUUCUUCGAUGACGACUUUCAGAUAGUUUCCCCCUGGCACGACGUACCGCACCGCGCCGCGGACGAAGGUUUUAAUUUCCUCUGCCACACGCCGAAAGGCGCGUCCGCGAUAGUCGAAGUCGCGAAAGACGAGGACUACAACCCUAUUCGCCACGUGGCGCGAGACGGCGGCGCGGCGCGCUACACGGCAACUGCCACGUGGAACAUCGGGAUCGCGACGCAGACGUGGCAGGAUCCUAAGGACGAAUGCGAUGUGGGGAACGGCCGGGUGUUGCCAUUCGCCGGCGAGCCCGUACGCGUUAUAGAGAUCGGCGGCACGGUAGCGAAACCGGGACAGCUGUACUCGGUGAGGCCGCUGGGCGCGUUCGCGACGAUUCGCGAAGACGAGGGGACGGUUUCGUGGACGGUUAUCGCGCUUUCGUCGAACGACGCGUGGGAGCAUCUGUUGAAGAAUAUGGCCGACCUGCAGCGAGAGAAGCCGGGCGAAAUCGAACGACUGAAAAAGUGGCUGCUAUCAGCCGAUUCAUCCCAUCCCACAUCCCUAGGGUUCAACGAGCAACCCCAGCCGCGCAAAGCCGCCGUCGCCGCCCUAUCCGCCGCCCACACCGCGUGGAAAGCCAAACGCGACGUCCUGGCUCGCUUCCCGAACCUAGACCUCCCGUCUGGCGACGACGUCGAAGCUCCUCCCGAGCCUGAGGUGCUCCGGGAAAUCUGGGAGCCUACUAUAGAGUGGUAUUUAGACGAGGCGGGAACUACUAUGGAGGAGUGUAUUAAAGCCGCACAUGGGUUAGGUUCUCAUGGGGGAAGCAGCACACGUGGGGGGGGGAUACCUCAUUCGUCUUCUGGCCUGGGGGAAGGAAUAGUGCACACAGUGGGGGGUAUUGCAAGCACCGUUGGGGAAUUACGCGGAAGCUUCGCUCAUUCCAUCAGCAAGGGGGUUAGCAGCAGCAGGAAGGGGCUAGUCGGCGGAAUCACCCACACGGUAGGGGGUAUUGCGGAUAUCGGCGGGGGAAUUAGGGGGGGGAUUAAGGGCGCGGUGGGGGGGAUUGGGGGGGCGGUGGGGGGAAUAGGAUCACGCCUGGGGAAGAGCAGGAAGGGCAUGGGCAGCAUGGGUAAGGCAGGGAGACAUGGAGAGGAAGAGGCAGAAUGGGAGAUCUCGGCACCCGAAACCAGCAGCACCAUCAACAGCAGCAGCAGCAUCAGCAGUGGCGGUGGUGGUGGGGGUGGUAAUGGUAGUGGUGGCGGUGGCGGUGGUGGUGGUGGUGGGGGUGGGGGUAGUGACAGCGAGAGCAGCAGCAGCAGCACCCCCAGCAGCGGUGCUACCAACGAGGAUCUGCAACUAGUUAAGAACAACGCUGCGUCUUUCUCAGGGUCUUCCUUUGCUAAGACCCACUCGGGAAAAAUAGGAGGCUCUUUCGCUGCAAUAGGAGGGGGGCUUUCGAAGAUUGGUGGGGCGGCUAGCGGGUUAACUAAUGCCGUUUCAUCUGCUCGUGGGAAAGCCGUUUCAUCUGUUGGGAGUACGGUUUCAUCUGUGAGAGGAGCGGUGGGAGGAGCAGUGUCAACUGUUGGUGGGGCGGUGGGAGGGGCUGUUACAACUGUGGGCGGUAAGGUUGGUGGUGCAGUUACAACUGUUGGUGGCGCGGUGGGAGGAGCUGUUACAACUGUUGGUGGUAAGGUUGGUGGUGCGGUGACAACUGUUGGUGGGGCGGUGGGCGGCGCGGUUACAACUGUUGGAGGGGCGGUGGGCGGGGCAGUGGGCGGGGCGGUUACAACUGUUGGUGGGAAAGUGGGUGAGGCGGUUACACGUGUGGAAGGAGCUGUGAUGGGAGGUUCGGGAAGAGAACUAGGCUCGGUUCCUAGCCAUGCGGGGAGAAGAAGCCCUGGUCACGGGGGAAAGAGCCCGAGGAAUCUCAUUGCUAGUGCGUGGAGCAAGCUGAAAAGCCCCAGGGGAAGAGAUAAAGGAGGGGAUAAGGGAAGUCAUCAGUUUAUGUCCGAGGUGGCUUUAAACAGCCCGAAGGAAGGGGAUAAGGGAGGGGAUAAGGAAGGGGAUAAGGAAGGGGAUAAGGGAGGAGAUAAGGAAGGGGAUAAGGGAGGGGAUAAGGGAGGGGUUAAGGGAGGGGAUAAGGAAGAUAAAGGAGACAACAGGGAGAAGCGAGGGAAUAAGGAAGGUACAGGGGAUACGGGAGGGUUUAAGAGCGGUGCAGAGUUUCGGAGCAUGCAGGGCGAGCAGCAGCAGCACUCUAGCUGGAAGCGGUCGCAGGACGGGUAUACAGAGCAGAAACAGACGGAGGAGGAGCAGCAGGAGCAGCUGCAGGAGCAGAAGGAGGAGCAGAAGGAGGAGCAGCAGCAGCAGCAGCAGCAGCAGCAGAAACGGGCGGAUAGGGCGAAGAGGCAGAGGGAACUCUUUUUGCAGAAGUUGAAGAAGAAGGAGGAAAGUGCGGGGAAGGUGCAGGAAGGGGAUGGGUUGGCGGGAGGAGGGGGUGCGGUAGCAGGUGGAAAGGGGGAGGGGGUGAAACGGGAGGAGAAGGAGAAGAAGGAGGAGGAAAAAGAGGAGAAAGAGAAGGAGGAGAAGGAAAACGAUAGGGAGAAGGAGGAGAAGGUAGUGAGGAUUCCAGGUUCAGUGGCAGCAGCAGGAGGAGAGGGAGAGGGAAAGGAGAAGGAAGCCGCAAGAGCAGGAGGGGAGGGAGCACAAGGGAGAGGAGGGGAAGGGGAGGGAAGAGUGGGAGGAGGAGCAGGAGGUGGAGGAGCAGGAGGAGAAGGAGCAGCAGCAGCAGCAGCAGAGGCAGAGGAAGGAGCAAGAGAGGGUGGAGAGGAGAAAGAACCGCUAACAGAGGAGGAAAGGGAGAGGAUUGAGAGGGAGAGGAUCGAGAAGGAGUUGGAAAGGGAGAGGAUUGAGAGGGCUAAGAAGCAAAGGGAGCGAUUCAUGAAAGCCCUGGCGAAUAAGAAGCUGGGAGGAGGAGGGGGGAAUAAAGGUGGCAGGGCAGUAGUAGUGGCAGGGAAAGGGGCGGCAGCACAGGGGGGGUUCGCGGCACAGGGGGGGUUUGCCGCUGUAGCAGCCGCAGCAGCCGCAGCAGCAGCGGAAGCAGCGGAAGCGGCGUCUGCUGCAGUGGCAGGGAUUGCAGCUUCAGUGGUGGGUGCUGGGGGGGAAGGGGCGGGAGAGGCAGGUGGAGCAGGAGAGGGGAUAGGCAGGCAGGGAGUGAAGCAGGCGGAGGGAGGGGUGGUGGGAGGGGAGAGGGGCGAGGGGCAACAGGAGGGACGGCAGGAAGGGGAGCAGGCGCAGCAGGGGCAGCUUGGAGGGAAGAUGAGUGAGGGAGGUGAGGGGGAAGACAAGAGAGGGGAGGAGGAGGGAGAGGUGGAGGAGGAGGGGCGGGAGCAGCGGUUUGCAUCGGCUGUCGAUAGCCUAGACCUCAGCUUCAGCUCCCUCCCUCAACCAAGCUCCAGCACAGACGGUACUGCUGCUGCUGCUGCUGGUGGUGACCUGCGCUCUUCACCUCCCACUGCUGCCGGUGCUGCUUUAACGCAAUCAAAUACCAUCGGCGGCGGCGGCGGUGGUGGUAUUGGCGACUUGUCGUUUGGAGCAGGGUCGGACUCUGCUGGCUCUUUCGUCACCAUCUCUCUCUCCGGAAGCUCCAAGCGCGACUCCUUCGCCCGCGAUUCAUUUUCUCGAGAUUCCUUUGCUCGAGAUUCGCUUUCUCGUGACUCCCUAGCCAGGGAUGCACCGGGUUCCUCCUCCCGAGAAUUCGGUGGUUUCUUUUCCGGUCUUGCCUUUGGGCCUGCCUCUGGGCCUGCCUUUGGGCCUGCCUCUGGGCCUGCCUCUGGGCCUGCCUCUGGGCCUGCCUCUGGGCCUGCCUCUGGGCCUGCCUCUGGGCCUGCCUCUGGGCCUGCCUCUGGGCCUGCCUCUGGGCCUGCCUCUGGGCCUGCCUCUGGGCCUGCCUCUGGGCCUGCCUCUGGGCCUGCCUCUGGGCCUGCCUCUGGGCCGUUUCGCUCUAGCAGGCCCCGUUCUCUCAGUCGAGAGGACUUUUCCCCGGAUCUAGCCGGUUCUCCAACCCUCUCCCCCCAACGAUAUGCCUCUCCUAUUCACGAGCGCUUGACAGCGGCCGGGAUUCUCAGCAACUCUCCCCGAGCCUCUGGGGCUGGUUUGGCUGGUGGCGCUGGUGCCCGACUCGGCAGGUUCGGUGAAGGCUCGGGCUCGCCGAACCUCACGCCCAGGUCUGGGAGGCCCCAGAGCCCGUUGACCGGCCGAAGCAGCGUGGUUGCUGCGGCGUUGGGCGCAGCAGCGGGGGUGAGGAGCGGGAAGACUUUUGAGUCGCCUCAGAAGUCGCUCGGAGCAGCAGCAGCAGCAGCAGCAGCAGCGGGGGUGAGAAGCGGAAAGGCGGGGUUUUCUGGGUUCGCGCCGUCCCCUUCCUUCUCCCCUUCGUAUUCCUCCCCUGCUCCUCCUCCUCAGGCCACUCGCUCCUCUGUGUCUUUCGGGUCCUCUGGCAUGAUUGCAGCGGCAGCAGCAGCAGCAAUGGCCGAGGCAGCAACUGGGGCGGGUGCGAAAUCAGGAACAGGAGGAGGGUCAGGAGCAGGAGGAGGAGCAGGAGCAGGAGCAGGAACAGCAGGAGGAGGAGGUGGAGGGAUAGGAGCAACGGCAGGAGGAGGAGCAGGGGUAGGGGGAUGGGGGAGAGGUGGACACAGGAAUACGAAGAAGAAAUUUCACGUGCCUUUGUUUCGAGAGGACAGUGUUGCAUGGCCUGAGGAGAAGCGGAUUGGGCUUGUGGCCAAGGCUCUUGCUGCUGCUGGUGCCUCUCCUGCUGCUGCUGGCGCCUCCCCUGCUCCCGCUGCCCUUGCUCCCCCUGCUGCAAUUGCUGAAGGCGAGGGUGUGGAGAAUAUAGAGGGUGGUGGUUCGGUGAAUAAUGAGAGAAGCGAGGAGCAUUCUAGCGAGGAGAUUAUGGAACAUAUUGAGGAGAGCAGUAAGGAGGAUACUAUGGAGGAUAUGAAGGAGGAUACUGAGGACAGUGCCACGGAGGAUUCUAGGAAGCCUACUAAGGAGGAUGAUACUAAAGAGGAUAUUGAGGAGGAUAGCAGUAACAACAUCAACACUACAGAGGACCUUGCUGCGGAGGAUACUAGCAACCAUACUAAGGAGGAUGUUGAGGAGGAUAUGAAGGAGGAUAUUCAGAACAGUAACAAGGAAUACUCUAAGGAGGAUGUUAAGACAUUCGCCAAAGAUGAUAUUAAGGAGGAUACGUCGGUUGCAACUGAGGAGGGUCGGGAGGGUGAGGGGCUGGGCAGGGAUGAGAAUCAGAAGGAGCAGGAGGAACAAAGAGAGACGGUGGAACAAAAGGGGAAGAAGGAGGAGAGGAGGGAGAAAGAGAAGGAGAAGACCGGGAAGGAGAGGAAAGCGAGGAAGAGUCGAAGUGGGGACAAGGGAAGUCCAGGGGCGACAGAGGUGCCGGAAACACCAAGGGGGGGUGAAUGCAACGAGGGUGAUACAGCUGGUGGCGUUGAUGCGGGCGGGGACAGCCUGUCUUUGCUGCGGGCCAAGACAGUGGGUGAUGAGGGGAAUGGAGGUGAUGGGGGUGAUGGGGGUGAGGAGGGCAAUGACAGUGUGUCUCUGUUGCGAGCGAGGACGAUGUCUUCGGUGGAAACACAGGGGGAGAGGGAGAAGAAGCACCGGGAGAAGAAGAAGGAGAAGGGGUCUUCAAAGCACCGCAAAUCGCCGUCAGUUUCGGAGGUUAGCGGCGGUGGCGGUGGGAGCUGGGAGGGCAGGGAGGGUAGGGAGGGCAGGGAGAGUAGGGAGGGCAGUGGAAGUGUUGCGAGUGUUGGCAGCCCUGCUGGCAGCAGCACGAGCAGCCAUGGGCAUAGUAGUGUGAGUGGUGAUAUGGAUGCUGCAGCUGCCGCUGCAGCGAAGGAGGCAAGGAGGGCUGCGAGGAAGCAGAAGAAGGCUGAACAGGCCGCUGCUGAGGCGGCAGCUGCUGAGGCUGCUGGUGGUGCUGCUGUUUCUGGUGGUGGAGGAGAAGCAGGGGCAUCAGCAGAUGGUGUGGAGGAUGGACAGGAGAAGAGAAGGAAGGAGAAGGAGAGGAGUGGUGAGGAGAAAGAGGGGAAGGGGAAGGAUGAAAAGGAGAAGGAGAGAAGGAAGAAAGAGAAGAAGGAGAAGGAAGGUAAGGAAAGGGACAGAAAGGAAAAGGAGGGAAAGGAGAAAGAUGGAAAGGAAAAGGAGGGAAAGGAGAAGAAAGGAAGGGAGAAGGAAGGAAAGGAAGGAAAGGAGGGAGUGGAGAGGAGCAAGUCAAAGAAAAUAUCACGUGCCGCGAGUUCGGAUGAAUCGAUGCCACCAGCAGGGGAAGGUGCAUCUGGGGAAGGCUUAUGUGGUGCAGGUGAUGAUGACUCUUUAUCUGACGUGUCGAGCGUGGGGGGAGGCAAGAGGAGCAAGGAGGAGCGGGAGGCAAGGCGGGAAGAGAGGAGGAGGAGGAAGGAGAAGAAGGGACAUAGGUCCAAGGAUAUGUCAAGUGAAUCGGUCGCUGAAGCUGGGGAAGGGGAUGGUGGUGGGAGUGUUUAA